AUGCGCACGCCGUCUCUCCGGGCGCUCACCUCUCUCGUUCCCCUCCCUGCGGCACUCCUCCCUUUCCCCCAUCUUCCCCAUCCUUCCCUCCCCAUUCUCCCCUCCCGCCUCCCGCUCCCCGCGCCGCAGCUAGCGGAGGAAGCGGCGGGCGCAACGGUCAUGUCUCGAUCCAUGAGCACGCCGUCUCUCCCGUCGCUUCGCGACGAUCCCAAGCUGCUCCCCUCCGGAGCUUCCGGUGGACUCACCGCCGUCUCUUCCGCCGCCGCCAUCUCCGCGCUAUCCCCCUCCGCCUCCGCGCUCGCGUCUCCGCAAUCGCUCUCCCAUCACGCGCUUCAUCAGGCGCUUCCGCACGCGCGCGCGUUCUCCCGUCCGUACCAGCUCCCCAACACCGCGCAAACCCUCCCCCCGCCCUCUUACAACCCGCACGCCUCCUCCGCCCAUCCCUUCGCCUCCGCCUCUUCCCCUUCCGCGCAUCCUUCCCCGCAUCCCUUCGCCCCUUCCGCGUCCGCGCACGGUUUUCUCGAUCUAAGCCGGUGCCAGUCGUACCCCGCAGUUCACGUGCUCGAAAGCGGAAGCCCUUACGAUAAUCCCGCCCUUUCCGCCGCCUCCGCCGCCUCCGCCGCGGCCGCCGCCCGUGGCGGACCACUUUCCGCAGCAUUUCCGCCCCUCACGCGUCCCAUGUCCCUACCGUCCCUUCACCCGCCCUCCAUCCCCGAGUCUUCCGCCGUUCCGCCAGUCGAUCUGGGCCCCGCGCAUUACCUCCCCUCCGCGCAUGGCUAUUCCGCGCAUCCGCACUCGCAGCCCCCUCAGUGGCAUCUACUCCCCUCGUCUUCCGCCAACCCCUCCGCGGCCUCCGCCGCCGCCGCGCGGGCUGCGGGUCGCGGGCCGAUUGCGCUAGACUGGGCUAUGUGCGGCGGUGGCUCCGCAGGCGCGGGGAGUUCCGCCGCCGCCGCCGCCGCAUUGGCGCGCCAUGGUGGGGACACGAGCAUGGGCGGUGUGCCUGGGGCGGGGGGCGCGGGCGGGGGGCUCGGCGCGCUUGCAGACGCGGCAGCAGCGCGGCACAGGAUUGGGCAUGAGAUGAUGAUGCAGAUGGGGCACGAGGCAACGGUCCAGAUCGGCCACGAGCUGGCGCAACGGAUGGCCAGGAUGAGCCAGGCUGCUGAGAGAGCAGGGGCGGAUGGGGGCGGCCCGAUGCUGCUGGGUGGGAGCAGCAACGUGGAGAAGAAGACAAAACUUGAGAGUGGCAUGGGGUUUCCGAGUAAUGCUGGUGCUGUGGGUGGUGCAGUAGCUCCGCUUAUUGACCAGGAGGAACGGACGUCAAUUGAGGAACGGACGUCAAUUGAGGAACGGACGAUCCAGGAUCUGCGGUCUCAGUUCCCCCUUAGGAGACAGCAAUUAGAGGACGGAUUCUCGCUCCUGUUCUAUGGCCUCGGCUCCAAACACGCCCUGCUCACUGCAUUCGCUUCUGAGAGCCUAGCGGACAAGUCAGUCGUCACCAUCAAUGGCGCCGAUUCCAACACCACCCCUGCUCGGUUGGCAGCUGCAAUCGCCUCGUCUUGUCAACCCGACACGUCAACCAAAGGCCGAAAAAGGCCUGCCACGUCAUCGUCAUCCGCUGCUGAGCUGGCACAGUGGAUCACAGAUCUGGUGACCGAGCAGCAGCAGCAGCAGCAACAGCGGCAGCAGAGGAAGCAGCGCCAGGCAUCAAGACAGCGCCAGCAAGCAAAGCAGCAGGAGCAAGCUGUUGGGGGGAACAGCAGCUGUAGCACAGAAAAUGCCAGUCCGUGGCUGUGCAUUGUGGUUCACAAUCUAGAUGCUCCUCCUCUGAGAGCAUCGCCUGCCUGUAUCUCCCUGCUCGCCCUUCUUGCCGCCUGCCCUGCCAUUGCUGUUGUCGCCUCAGUCGACCACGUGCUCUCCUCCGCAUUAUUCGACCGGCAGACCCUCUCCCUCUUCAACUUCUCCACCCAUCACGUGGUGACACGUGGCGCCUACACCAAGGAGGCCUCCGCCUUCUCUCCAGCCACCCUCUCUCACACACCCUCCGCCUCUGCUGCAGCACAGGCCGCCCUGCUGGUUCUCCGCAGCCUCCCCCCCAACGCCUGCCAGAUAUUCACCCUCAUAGCACAGCCGUUUCUGUCAAAUGCUGCCGGCAGUAAAGGCAGAGGCAGUGGAGGGGGGUCAGCUGGUGGCGGUUCUGGUUGUGGUGGGGGCGAUGUUGAUGGGGAGGAGGAAGGCGGUGGGUCAGGCCAGAAGAACCAGCCUCAAGGUGCCCUUUCUCCCGGACCCUCCUUUUUCCCUGCCCCUCCUUUCUCCCUGUCCCUCCUCUCUCCCUGCCCCUCCUUUUUCCCUGCCCCUCCUUUUUCCCUGCCCCUCCCUCUUCCCUGUUCUUGCGUUCUCCCUGCCCCUCCUUUCUCCCUGCUCCACCUUUCCCGCCCCACAUGUUCACUCGAUUUAUUUCUUCCUACUCUUGCAAGUAUGCUCUACUCCCUCUGUCGAACACGCUUUCUGGUUACCAGCGAGGUAACGCUGCGGGCGCAUCUGAGGGAGUUUGAGGAUCAUGCUCUGGUGAGAACGUUCAGGCAGGCCGAUGGGACAGAGAGCGUGGGACUGCUGCUGCCCGUCCCAGCGCUGGCUCACGUGAUGGAGCAGCUGGGUGGGAAAUGA